CCUCCAGAUCCCUCUCCUCACCAACCCCAAAUAAACGUUUCUGAGUCUGUAAAGAUUUGAGGGUUGAAAGGUAAGCAUCAAUGGCGGACAGUGUUGUUACUUUCCUCCUACAGUACUUGCCCCGGCUGCUCGCAGAUGAAGCAAAUCUUCUUCAUGGAGUGACGGGUGAAGUCGAAUCACUUCGUAGGGAGCUCAAUCUGAUUAAUAUCUUCCUCCAGAACUCCCAAGGGAAAAGGAACGAGCAUGGAAUAGUCAAGGAGGUAGUUAGGCAAAUCAGGGAUGCUGCUUACGAGGCUGAGGAUGUUAUCGACAUGUUCAUCAUCAACGCCGCAGAGCAGAGGAUGAGAAACAGGAUUUGGAAGCUGUUGCACUGCUUUAAUGAAGUCAACACGCUUCAUGUUGUUGCGAACAAGAUAGAAGGUAUCAACAAACAAAUCAAUCAAAUCUUCGACAAUUUCAACAAGUAUGGCAUUGAAGGUGCUGAAGCAAGUGGAGAUGCGGCGGCAGAGGACCAGCUAAGCAGACGUAGGCAAGAAGAGGAGGACCAGCUCCGCAGACGUAGGCGAGAAGUGGCGGACGAUGAUGUGGUUGGCUUUGUUGAUGACUCAGCGAUAUUGGUGAGGCAGCUUAUUGAAGGGAGUUCAAAGCUUGAUGUCAUUUCAAUUAUCGGCAUGGGUGGGUUGGGCAAGACCACUCUUGCCAAGAAAAUCUACAAUAAUGACCGAGUCAGGAGUCACUUUUCUUUCCGUUGGUGGGUGAAUGUAUCUCAAGAUUUUAGCCCAAUUGAGUUAUUGCUUGAAAUUUUGCAGUCCCAACUGUCAAAAUCUGAUAGAGAAGAGUUGACAAAAACACUCGAAGUUAUGAGCAAAGAUGAAUUGAAAAUAGAGUACCUAGUAAAAAAGCUUUUUGAAUACUUGCAAGCUGGGGAAAGGCCAUACCUUAUAGUCAUGGACGACAUUUGGGAAACUAAAGUCUGGGAUGUGUUGAGAUCUGCAUUUCCAGAUAACUCUAACGGAAGCAGAAUAUUAAUCACCAGUCGUAUAAAAGAUGUGGCUUCACAUGCAAGCCUUACUCCUCGCGAUCCCUACCACCUUCCAUUUAUUGACAAAGAAGACAGCUGGAAACUUUUUCGUAAAAAAGUGUUUCGAGGAGAAGAAUGUCCUCAAGAGUUGAAAAUCAUGGGGAGACGAAUCGCAGAAGGUUGCGGUGGUUUACCACUUGCAAUUGUGGUAUUAGGGGGUGUUUUAGCUAACCAAGAGAAGACAUUGCGAAUAUGGUCGAAAGUGAUUGACGAUGUAAAUUGGUACCUUAAUACUGAGAAAACAAAAAUAUGCAAAGACAUUCUGGCCUUAAGCUACACCCACCUGUCUCGUCACUUGAAACCAUGCUUUUUGUAUUUUGGUGUAUUUCCAGAAGACUUUGAAAUUCCUAUGAGGCGAUUGGUCCGAUUGUGGAUUGUUGAAGGAUUCAUAAAGAACACCGGCAAGAGAAGAACAGAGGAUGUUGCUGAAGACUACUUGGAGGAGCUUAUUGAUCGAAGCUUGAUCCAAGUGGCUAGCAGGAGGAAGAAUGGAAGAGUAAAGGCAUGCCGCAUUCAUGAUCUUUUGCGAGAUCUCUGCAUAUCCGAGAGUGCCGAAGAGAAGUUUCUUGGGGUUCUUACAAAUGAUAACCUUUUAUCCGCAAACAAAUUUCGCAGACUUUCCAUCCAGGGUAACUCUUUUGAUCUGUAUACUUCAAAUCCCUCCGACACUACAUGUGCCCGAUCUUUGUUUUGCUUUGACCGAGGGGAACGUGAAUUUAAUCAAAAGCCAAGAAAAUGGAUCGAGGAAAACUUCAAGUUGCUCAAGGUGCUUGAUCUAGAGCGUGUUUACAAACCUCAACUCCCCGAGUAUUUGGGGAAAAUGUAUCAUUUAAGGUACUUGGGUUUAAGAUGGACUCACUUGGAUACCCUUCCCCCCUCUGUUGGUAAGCUGGCCUACCUCGAGACCUUGGAUGUGAAGCACACCUAUAUCAAGUCUCUACCCAAUUCUAUUUGGAAGAUGAAACACCUUCGUCAUCUGUAUCUUAAUCGAACACGCCUUGACAUGCCUGUGGAGAAAACAAGUAUUUCUCUUACUAGGCUCCAGACGUUAUGCGGAAUAUUUGUGGACAAGAAGAGUCCAGUGAAGAAUGGUUUGGAUAGAUUAAUCAAUCUCAGGAAACUGGAUCUCACAUUUCAUUUAGGCUCCGUUGAAGAAUUAAAUGAGUGGAUUGCAAGUCUGGAAGGACUUGAAUCUCUGAGUUUAAGAUCCCAGGAUAGGGAUGGUCGAAUUUCAAAGCUCGAAUUAAAGCCUCUGUCAAGCCUUGAGAAUCUCACCGACCUGUAUUUGCUUGGAGACUUACCAGCGCUACAAAAUGACUACUUUCCGCACAGUAUUAUAGUUCUUACUUUGUCGGUAUCAAAGCUGGAAAAUGAUCCCAUGCCAAUUCUUGCGAAGCUGUCAAAUCUUUCUGUCCUUGAGCUAUUGGCCGAUUCCUACACUGGAAAGGAAAUGGUGAGCCCGAGUGGAGGCUUCCCUAAGCUUUGCAUACUGAAACUCUGGAUGCUAAAAAAUUUGGAGACAUGGACCGUGGAGGAAGGAGCAACGCCAGAUCUCAAGGAAUUGGAAAUCCGAAGCUGUCCCAAGCUGAAGGAACUUCCAGACCAGUCGUCCAAUCUGUGGGCUUCUCGGAAAAUAGUUUUAACGGCGAUGCCAAAUGAAUUCAUAGAGAAUGUUCAAGCCAAACAUCCCAACAGCUUAAUCAUCAACGACCAGCAGGCUCCGCUCUGAAUGAGAUUCACAGUCAGGAAAAUGUGAAGAAGGUUUGACGGUUUUAUGGUCACUCACUCAUCUAUUUGCUUUCAAGAGAUUUCUGGCUUGUGUUAAAACCUUUGAAGAUCUGUCCCCCUUUCCCUGUAUUUAGCAAAGAUCACUACUCAAUGCUAAUAAAUUGUUGUUCUAUGUUGUUGCUAUUGUUGUAAUUGAUUUUGUUGUUGCUGGUGUGUUGCCAUACGUGGCUGGUAAAAUAGCACUGCUCUUGUCAUGUUGGA